GGUUGGUCCGCUCGGGCAAUUACCCACCUUUAAGCGGGUCCUCUGUGGUAUCUGCUCUUGUGUGCUCAGCCUAGGGUUUAUUCCCUCAAAGGCUCAACCUUUACAGGAUUAUUCGGUUCUCUCUCUCGAAAGCCAUGGCGAAGAACAGGAACAAGAAGAAGAGAAACGAUGCCGCUUCAAUGGACAUCACUGGAGAUCCCGUUUCAGAUUUGCCUCAAGCAAUGGACACCUCAGAGUCUGGGGCUCACAACCCAAGUGGUGGUGCUUCCAGUUUAAAGAUAAAGGGAAGGCAAAUGAAGAGAUCAAAAAAUGCCCGAAAGAAAAAAGCCAUAGUAAGGGCUAUAUCGAAAAAAGAGCAGGCUGUUGAAAAAACUAAGAAGCAUGAAAGCAAAACCUUGAGAACCCAAUCUGCAAAGCUGCUAUAUGAUUGAUGAUUCUCGCCAGCUAUUCUUGUAAAAGGAAAAGCCAUACUUUUUUGUGAUUCUUGUAUCAGUUUCAUUAUAAGUUUCUUUCUCAGAUUGCAAUUUUGAUAAUGAAUGUAAUUAGUUGAAUUUUUUUGACCCUUUGACCCUUUGUCAAUGGAUUAAGAAACUAGUAAAUUACUCUGA